AUGUCGGAAUACUUCUCCAAAGCAGCUGCAUUUGCACAAAAUGCGGCAAAGCUAUCGAAGAAGAUGUCCGAGGGGCUUGUAGAGAAUGCGCGUGAAUUUGGACUGGAAGCUACAUCCUCGAGACAUUAUUUCGACACUUCGGAGGAAAAAAUGCGUGAUAUCAAAAGACAGCUAGACUCCAGACACGAUCGCGAAAAAAUGGACGGAUUGAAAAGACUGAUCGCGAUGAUAUCAAAAGGCCGUGAUGUUUCAGAAUUUUUUCCUGAUGUCGUAAAAAAUGUGGCAUCGCAGAACCUUGAAAUACGAAAACUUGUAUACAUUUAUUUAUUGCGGUAUGCUGAACAAGAACCUGAUCUCGCAUUAUUGUCAAUCAACACAUUCCAAAGAGACUUGACAGAUCAGAACCAGUUGAUACGAGCAAUGGCCUUACGAGUGAUGUCUGGAAUUAGGGUUCCGGUCAUUAGCCCAAUAGUGUUAUUGGCAAUAAAAAAGUGUGUGACAGAUUUAUCGGCGUACGUAAGGAAGACAGCAGCUCAUGCCAUUCCGAAAUGUUAUAGUCUUGAUCCAUCGCAGAAAGAUGCAUUGGUUGAUAUCAUUACUACGCUUCUCAAUGAUAAUUCGCCUUUUACAAUUGGUAGCGUUAUAAUGGCAUUCGACGAAGUGUGUCCUCAAAGAUUUGAUUUAAUUCACCCGCACUAUCGUAAACUGUGCAAGAUGUUAAUUGAUACAGAUGAAUGGGGACAAAUAGCCAUUAUUAGUCUUUUGCUACGAUAUGCGAGGACCCAGUUUUUGAAUCCAAAUCCAAAUUCUAAUAACGAACGCACCGUUCCGAAGAAAAAAUCUAAAGAUUUUUAUUCAGACGAGGAAGACUCAAACGACUCUGAUGAUUCUCUGGAUGAAUCAUUCUCGCUUGACCCCGACCAUGAGCUUUUAUUAAAUUCAUGCAUACCUCUGUUACAAAGCAGGAAUAGCUCUGUUGUGCUUGCUGUCGCUAAAGUUUUCUAUCAUCUGGCACCGUCUUCGGAAGCUUACAAAUUAGGAAAACCUUUAGUGAGGUUGUUACAUAGCCAUAGAGAAACACAAUAUGUAGUACUAGCGAAUAUUGCUACAAUGGCAACACAGAGGCCGUCUCUUUUUGAACCCCACCUUCAACAAUUUUUUGUUAGAUCGACAGACCCUGUAUUCAUACGCGACUUGAAAAUGGAGAUUAUGACAUUGAUUGCAACUGAGAGUAACAUAACAGGAUUGCUGAGAGAACUUCAGGAAUAUGUAAAAAGUCCAAACAAAGAUUUCGCUACUUCCGCAAUACAAGCCAUUGGUCGUUGUGCAAUAGGAAUGCCGGAAAUGGCUGAGAGUUGUCUGAACGGCUUGAUGAAAUUACUUUGGAGUAAAAAUGAUGCAGUUGUUGCAGAGUCGGUUGUGGUCAUUAAGAGACUACUGCAAUUAAGACCUCAGGACAAUGUAGAUAUGAUAAUGCAAUUAGCAAAGUCGCUGGAUCAGAUUACAGUUCCUAUGGCGCGUGCAAGUAUAUUUUGGCUUGUGGGUCAAUAUUCGCAAAAUCUUGAGAAAGUAGCACCAGAUGUUCUCAGGAAAGCUGCAAAAACUUUUACAACAGAAGCCGAUGUUGUGAAAUUACAGAUUAUUAACCUUGGCGCAAAGUUAUUGUCACUGCAUCCGACAGAUCACACCAUUAAUCUUAUUACACAAUACGUUCUCAAUCUUGCACGAUAUGAUCUGAACUACGAUAUCAGGGACCGCGCGAGAUUUCUCAGGGGCCUUGUCUUGAUAAAUGGAAAAAAGGAGAACACGGGCGAAAAUGUAGAAAUAAUGGAGACUUCGCAGUCUACAGAGGCCAAUAUUAUUUUAACUGAUAGUUUGAAACGGAUACUUUUAUGCGAGAAAGAUGCACCUUCUGAAGAAAGCCCUUCUGCAGGUCGAGAUCGAUUCACCAUAGGAUCAAUGGCCCUCGUCCUAAAUCACUCUAUUCCUGGAUACGAACCAUUACCCGAUUGGCCAACUGAAAAACCGGACGGAUCUCUACGUGACAACUUGGAUGAAACAUGGAACCGUAGUCAGUCUAUAAAAGGAUUUGGAAGUGAAUAUAUUGGAAAUUAUGCUCGGUCAUCCACCUUUGAGGGAUCAUUUACAAAAAAACGAAAGGAUGAAUAUGAUCUCAACCGAUUUUAUGAUUCUGAAGAGUCGUCUUCUGGAGAAAGAGAGGAAUCUUCAGGUGAAUAUCAGUUUUAA